AUGCCGGCGUCUGCUGCUACGCCGGCACCGUCUAAACCAUCGAAAGUCAGCCUUAAACUGAACAACGACGCUACGAGUACAAGGGAAUUAUAUGAUGAUGCCGACAGGCCAAGCACAUCGUCAGCGUCAGCGUCAGCCACAACGGCCACGAAUCCCACGACGAAUCGUCCGAAGAAGAGUAAAGCGGCGCGAUUAGCCGAAGCUUUGGAGAUGCUUAACGAGUUUGACAGAAGCGCUCAGCACAACUACCGUCAAAAUAUUGUCGAAACUCAAAAUAAACUAUUGGAACGAAUAGACUGUCUAAUCACCUCACUAGCGGCACUAUCUCCUGGUACCUCUUCUGAGCCUGAGCCAACGGGUCGAAUAGAACAACGGCGUGAGACAAGCAACUUGCUGAACAAUCAUUUGAUAUGCUUUCAAAAUGCGGCAUUUGCGGCACGAGAUCUUGCUGCACAGCAGGCUGCUGUGGUUUUCGAAAAGAUAAAUAAGCAUCGACCUGAAGAAGUCAAAGUAAAACGUGGGAAAACAACAAAGAAAGAGCGCAAAGAAAAGGAGGUGCCGUCGUCAUCCAAAUCCGAUCGAACUAGUCAGCGAGAGAAGGUUCCACCUGCAAAAGCCCAGCCGCAAACUCAGCCCAACCAGGUUGAUGCCGUUCCGGAAACUCCUGUCACGACAAAUAAUCGAGUGGCAAAGAAGCGAGGUGCAGCGCAAACGCCGACGUCGACACCUACGGAGAAGAAGACGAAGAAAGAGAAUGGUGUAAAGAAAAGGACAAGUAACAGGCUCAGCAAAACUCCUCGAGUAAAAGCAAAGGAAGAGGACGAGCCUACGUACUGUUUCUGUAGUAGAAUAUCGUUUGGCGAGAUGAUUGGAUGUGACAACGACAAAUGCGAAAUCGAAUGGUUUCAUUUUGAGUGUAUCGGCCUUACUACAAAACCAAAAGGCAAAUGGUUUUGUCCAAAUUGCCGACAUCCAGAUAGUGCUCGCAUGCCGAAAGCGUCUCGAGCUAUAAACGCCAAUAAUCGGAAUAAUGCAGCGGUUGAAAAAGUCUAG